CAGCCCAAAAUGCUACAGGGGUCAAGUAUCUUGGGGCACGAGAGGCCCCUGGUCAUCAGGGUAUCAUUCACUAGCUUUGUUGUGGUCACUGUGUGCCUCCCACUGCUUGGACUAAUAACCUGUGUCUUCAUAUCCUCUGUUUUUCAUUAUGAAGACUCGACUGGUACACAUUGCCAGGUUCCUAAUUACCUGCCAUCUAUCAGUGCCUCAAUAAGUCUCAGUCCUGAAUGCCACAUAUGGCGGUUCUGUAUUGGACUGCACUCAGCGCCAAGGCUCCUGGUGGCAUUUACAUACUUUAAAUUUUACAAGACACGCUUUGCCUCAAGGUUUCCUGAGAGUUCACUCAGCUGCUUCAACCUGGCCUUUUCUAUUUGUGAAAACCUUGGCCUCUUGCUCCUUACAUAUGUAUCAUCCAGUGAAACAUACUUUGUACAUAAGGAAGGUUUUGUGCUCUUCAUAGUCAGUUCCAUUAUCUACAUGCUGAUAACCUGCCGUUUGUGGAAGACUAUCAAGAAGUAUUCAUUAAAUCCUGAGGAUGCCAAGUCUCACCACUGGAAAGUACGCUUCUUACUUCUUAACAUAUCCUUUUGUGCUUUUGCUGGAUUCUUUUAUUGGAAGCACAACAUGUACUGUGAAUCAGGGAGUUACACAUUAUUUGCCCUGUUUGAGUAUCUGGUGGUUUUCUCCAACAUGGCCUUCCAUCUGACCGCAGUGUGGGACUUUAAGAGCCGAGAUGUGAUGGUCAUUUCAUCCCCCGAAGAUAAAGAUUUCUGACUAGAGUCUCAAGGAUUAAGUGAUAAAUGUGAAA